GGAACGAUUUAUGUAUGACCUUCUUUCUUGCAGGCUUGAAAUGCACAAUUUAUUUUCCCAAAACAAACCAUCCAGUUCACGACUCGGGGCAACGAAUGAUUUUUAUUUCCAAAACCAAUCCAUCCCUCCCACCGGAUUUAGAGAGCGUAGACUCCGAGAUUUCCGCGAGAUUGGCAGAGCACAAGCCGUGUUUGAGCAGCACAAUGCGAUAAACCUCAAUCAAACCGCUUUACAAAGUCCGUGGCACAAAAGUUAUACCAAAGCCCAUUUUGUUCGAAAGUUUGUCAAAUCCAUAGUCAAACAUCGGCUUCAAGCCUUGGGCGUGCAACAGUUGGACUGCAACGAAAUUAUUGACAAGUGGGAGGCGAAACAAAGCAACCCGUUCUCCUUCCUCUUUCCGAAAGAUGACGACCUGAACGAGGGGGAGUGGAACCACGCCGGGAUGAUUUCCCCGUUGAUAAGCAAACCGAACAGUGACCUCUUCCACCUCAGCCCCAGUGGUCACAUCACAAAGUCCAUUUUCAGCACGUUCGUGAACCAAGUGGAGACUCUGAAAGGAAUCCUGAACAAUGCGACGUGCAAUCUGGUUCACACUCAGGUGUGUCUGCUUCUCCCAGAAAUCAAGCUGCUCUGGGGUCGACAGUUGGAUACCAAUCGCAAUCCCGUCUUCAUUCUGGAGUGGAUGCGGCUCAUAAUUCUGGCAGGAGUCGAGUUGGACCCCACUUCUCCGGAACAGGUCCUCGUAAUGAUCAACCGUGAACUCAAAACCCUGAGAAACCUCUCCAACCAACUUUACAAAUCCUCAAAGAAAGUUUUUCAUAAAAUUGAAAGCUUGUCAAAAUUCAGUGAAGAGAUUUUUCGCAAAACUUUGGCUCAACUAAAUCCCAAGAGUUUAAAGAAAUUGGACGCAUUUAACAACGCCAUGAGGAAAAAGUACUCUCCAGACGUGAUACAUUUUGACCCCGACCAGUUGCACAAGAUCCGCAUUGCUCCUGCCGACCUCUUCCAGGACCACCUCUUCCUCUCCGAGACCCACAAAGGCGAGCUCCUCGUAAAGAACGACAUUGACGGGUUUUGGGGAAAGUAUUUGGACUUGGAGUUUGCGGAUCGAAGGACCAUAUUCUUGGGAAUGACUGACGACCUCCAAACCACGCUUAGAGCAUGUCUGCACACGGUCCAGCAUUUACAAGAGAUUUACACGACGGGUUAUCCAGGCAGCAUUAAAAAUCUUUUGAAGGACGUGGUCCAGGAACUGAAGUUCACUUCGAAGCGGGACGACCUCACCCUUCUGAUCAAGACGUCGAUCGUGACGCACGUGAGCUGUCUUCACGAGAUGCUCACUCGCCUGCUCUGCAUUUCCAAGGAGGUCAAAGGCGUUACGAAGCAGUUCACCGAGUGCCUCCAACCAGCCUCCUUCGACUUGAAGAAGCUGAAACGCCAGUUCAAGAAACGGGACAAAAAGUCCUGCGAAGUUUCCGACACGGACACGACGACCUUCAGCGGCUUUUACCACUACAACAACUUUGCGGCAGGAAGUGGAAACUCGAAUGCUCAGUUGGUCAUCCCAUUUUCCAGUCUCAGCGUCGACUUGGCCUUCAAGUCCCACACUCUCAACGACAGUGUGUGAAGAGGUCAAGCGGAAACCUGUA